AUGAUGGGAAAAUCAAUAUUAAUGAUAUUGAACAACUUACUAAAAUUAUUAAUGAAUUACCACAAGACAACACUGUAAUUAUUUAUACUAUGUCAGUUGAUUACAGUUUUUCAAAGAUGGCUGAGAAAAAAGGUGAAACUUUGCCAAAUUAUGUUUUAUUUACUGAUAUUAAGCAAAUAAAUUGCAUUAUCGAAAGAUACUUUAUAAAUAAACAAGAUUUAAUUAAGGAUAACAUUCAUAAUAUAAUGAACAGAAUUGAAGAAAUUGACAAUAAGUUUGAUAAAUUUGAGGCACAAGGAAGUAAGAAUGAAUAUAUUAGAAGUAAUGUAAAAAAAAUUACAGAUUUAGAAAUAAAAUAA